AUGGAGAUGCUCAAGGCCCUGCUGCAGGUGCGCGAGUGGCAGGGCCGCCUCCGCAACGAGCGCGCCUCGGCCUCGACCGCCGCGUCCAAGGCGCCGAGGGAGGAGAAGAAGGUGGAAAAGGCCAUCAGGGAGGCUGCCAAACGCAACGACAUGGCCUCUGUCAAGACUCUAGCUAAGGAAUUGGUGAGAUCAAGACGUGCUCUGAGCCGCCUUUAUGAAAACAAGGCUCACAUAAGUUCAGUGUUCAUGCGGCUUGGAGAAAUUAUUGGAACUAAAAGAACUACCGAGUGUUUGUCAAAGAGUGCUGAAGUUAUGAACAUUGUUAACGAUCUAAUGAAAGCUCCAGAACUGGCUGGUACAAUGCAGCAAUUCGGCAAAGAAAUGCUGAAGGUGGAGGUAAUGGAAGAGAUGGUUAAUGAAAUAGUUGAUUCAGCUUUAGAUUCCGAGGAUCUAGAAGAUGAAAUUGAAGAGGAGGUUGACAAGGUUCUUGCGGCACUAGGAGCGGAAAUUGCCUCACGGCUUCCAGCCGCUCAGAGGAUAAAGCAAGGUUCAAUGAGCAGGGUUCCAGGACAACAGCAACAAACUAUCGAUGAGGGUAUCAAUGGUGGCCAGGAAGAUAUAGAAGAGAAGAGAGCAAGGUUUGCUAAAGUGAGGACAUGA